CUUUUUAGAGCAGACACGCCUAUUCACAAAUCACAAUCACAUUGAGAGAGAUGGCUGGCAAGCGUCAAGUUGCUGUGAUUGGAGCUGGACUCUCUGGCCUCUGCUGCUUACAACAUUUAUCCAAAUAUCCCGAACAAUUUGAGCUUACUUGCUACGAGCAGACACAGGAGAUUGGGGGCACUUGGGUCUACACGGACAAGACUGAUAUUGACAAUGAAAAAGGCCUCCACAUCCAUAGCAGCAUGUACAAAAACUUAAGGGUUAACAUUCCUAAACAAAUAAUGUGUUAUCCUGAUUUCCCUUUUAAAGACUCUCUGCCCACCUUCCCUCACCACACAGAUGUAUUGGAAUACAUUAAGCAAUACACUGAUCACUACAACCUACACAAGUACAUUCAUUAUAAUUCCGAAGCAACAAACGUCAGACCACUCUUCCCUCCUUCGCCUUCUGGCUCAAGUGAGUGCCAAUGGGAAGUGACUGUUCGCGAUGUUCUCUCUGGGAAAGAAGUCAGGAAGUUGUACGAUAUCAUAAUGAUCUGUACUGGGAAAUUCUUCAAACCUUAUUGCGAUAUUGAUGGCCUCCAGCAUUUUAAAGGAAUUGUUGUUCACAGUCAUAAUUAUCGUGUCCCGGAAUUAUUUACAGGACAGAGAGUUCUAGUCAUUGGAGCUGGCGAAUCGGGAACAGACAUAUCCCUAGAGGUAGCUAAAACUGCCAAAGAAGUCCUCGUGAGCCACUCUGGUUCUAUGAAGAAAAGAUACGAUAGCAUUCCUCCAAACAUGCAUGAUGUUAGUAGAGUGAGCUCUAUAAAGGAAUGUGGGUCUGUUCUAUUGGAAGAUGGGUCGGUCAUACCUAAUGAAGACAUUGAUGCCAUUUUACCGUGUACCGGAUACGAGUAUGAGUUUCCAUUCUUGUCACCAGAGUGCUCCAUUGGCAUCACUGAUCAUAGAGUACACCCUCUUUAUAAGCAUAUGGUUAACACCAAGUUCCCAUCGAUGGCUUUCAUUGGAUUAAACUACCGCAUCAUCCCAUCGGCUGUAGUUGAGUCACAAGUCAAGUAUUACCUCUCUGUUCUUCUUGGUAAUACAAAGCUUCCGAGCAGAGAGGAAAUGGAAGCGGAUGCAAAUCGGGAUUAUCAGCAUCGUCUGGAUAAUGGUUUCAAGGUUCGUGAUGCUCACAGCUUGUCAGGAGAUCUCCAAUGGGCAUAUACUGAUUCUUUGGCUGAGGAAGGUGGGUUCGAGCCCGUGAAGUCUUUUGUUAAAGAAGUAGCCAGGUUUAUUACAAAGCAAAGGAUGAGUAAUAUUAAUUAUAGGAAGGUUGAGAUAGAAGUCAUGGAUGAUAACAAAUGGAAAGUUUUAUGAUGACCGUGUUAUUAUUAUAACAGUAUUGCUGCUUGAUUUGCUUCAUUCUUAGUGUCAUCAAUAUUAUUUAUUUAUUAACUUAAUUUAUAUAAAUAAUUUAAAGUUACAUGCAUGUAUUGAAGUCGCCAAUUUCUUUGCAAAUUUGUAACCGAUUCAAA